UGUACAGCUCGUCCUCGCAGGUGUUCAGCUGCCUAGCCGCUACCUCAAGAGGCAAUGGAAGCCGCUCUUGCUCCUGGUGGGACCCAUCAUGGCUUUGAUGUGGAUCACCACCAGCCUGCUCGUGUGGGCGCUCGUGCCCGGGCUGACAAUCCUGCAUGCCCUGGCUAUCGGGUCGUGCGUCACGCCCACGGACCCCGUCCUCUCCGCGGUUAUUGUUAAGGGCAAGUUUGCAGACCACAACGUGCCCAAGGAACUGCAGCAAAUCAUCACUGCUGAGUCUGGGGCGAACGAUGGGCUGGGCUAUCCUUUCUUGUUCUUCGCGCUGUACUUAAUCAAGUACAUUGGCGACGGGGGCGUGGCCGAGCAGGGUGGUGCAAGGGUCGCGAUGGGGUUGUGGUUUGGUGAGACCUGGGGGUACACCAUCCUGCUGAGCAUCGUGUACGGCGCAGUGGUGGGUUGGAUUGCCAAGGAGCUCCUGCACUGGGCUGAGGAGCGCAAGUUCGUCGACCGGGAGAGCUUCCUGGUCUUCGCCAUCUCCCUCGCCCUGUUCAUCGUUGGGACCUGUGGCAUGAUUGGGAGUGACGACGUGCUUGCCUGCUUUAUUGCGGGCAACGUGUUCACGUGGGACGACUGGUUCAGGCUCGAGACGCUUGAUGACUCGCUGCAGCCUACCAUCGACAUGCUGCUGAAUGUGUCAAUCUUCAUGUGGUACGGCGCGGUUUGUCCGUGGGACCUGUUCCUGCACAACCACGUGGUGCCGCUAGGGAGACUCAUUGCGCUCGGCAUUCUGGUGCUCUUGUUUCGGCGCCUGCCGUGGGUGUUUGCAAUCCACCGCUUUAUCCCGCAGAUCGAGGAGGUUAGGCAAGCCGUCUUUGUGGGCUUCUUCGGCCCUGUGGGCGUGUCGGCUAUCUUCUACCUCUACGUUACGCUCGAGUUUCUGGAAACACUCAAUGUAGACGGCCAAACUAGGGCUGACAUCGAGAAAGUACCCGAGGCGGUCACAGUGGUGGUGUGGUUUAUUGCAGUUUGCAGCAUUGUGGUCCACGGCCUAAGUAUCCCGCUCGGGAAGUUGGGGUUCUACCUACCACGGACUUUCUCUCGCAGCGUGGUGUCGUCAUCUGGCAUCGAUAGCCCGAACCUCGUGUUGCCUUUCACACUCGGUAGCAGAGUGAGCUCCUUUACAACGCGUCGUCGAUCGGGAGUGGAUCAAGGGAAUGAAGUCAGUGCCACGGCGUCGUCGCGCGAUGUGUAUAGGAUUGGCGGCACCGUCAUCCCGAAACGCCAAGAUGACCCAAACGGGACGCUGCACGAUCGGCGCGAGGAAGUUGAGACGGAUACCAACCUUUCGGCCAACGUCGCGAGGUCGGGACAGGCCACCCCUCGUGAGAUCUCCACGCCGCAACCUGGUGCGCGAACGAUCCGGUUCCCUGAUGAGCCUCCGCUCGCGGUUCCGGUUUCCGCGGGGCAGGCGGCGAGUGCUGCGAGUGCUGCGGCUCCCGCGGCUCCUACGUCUCUCGCGGUUCUGGCGAAGGAGCAGUGACGAACGGAGACGUGAGAUGAUACGAUUGAUGUGAUGUUCAGGCGUAUGAAGUCGGCUUCGCUGUCGAGUAUGGAUAGCAACACUCAGCAAGCGAAAUGGGAUGUUGUCUGCCACAUCGAUACUGUCAGGAUAUAUGAAAUGGAUGGACGGCUGCGAGUCUUUGGCCAUGCAGGUAUUGUACAACACUAGUACCAAACUGGUAUAUUUGGGUGCUCAUGAUGGACCCAUUGGUUUGGAUGACGGUGUCGGUGAAGCAGCGAUGUAGUGAAGCA